AUGGCCUCCAAGUGUGUCCACAAGGGCUGCGGGAAGGAAUUCACCGACGCCGACGAGCCCUGCGUCUAUCAUCCUGGCCCGCCGGUGUUCCACGAAGGACAGAAAGGCUGGAAAUGCUGCAAACCCCGCGUCCUCACCUUUGACGAAUUCCUCGCCAUCCCUCCCUGCACCACAGGCAAACACUCCACCGUCGACGACACCCCUGUCGAACCUCCCAAACCCGCCGCUGAUGUACCAUCCCCGGCCGCUACUCCCGUCUCCAGCGCCGCCGCCGCCGCUCCUCCCCGCCCCGUCAACUCCCCCGCUAUCCCUCCUCCCUCGAACGCGCCCACCCCCGUGCCCGAAGAACCCGAGUCCGAUGACCCGGAUCUAGCCAUCCCCGCGAACGCGACCUGCCGUCGUCGCGGUUGUAAUGCAGGCUACGAUGCGAACGUCUCGCGCGACGAGGAGAAGUGCGUGUACCACCCGGGCCAGCCGAUCUUCCACGAGGGAAGCAAGGGCUGGUCAUGCUGCAAGAAGCGGGUGCUGGAGUUUGAUGAGUUCUUGAAGAUUCAGGGUUGUUCGGAGAAGAAGAAGCAUCUGUUUGUGGGGAAGGGGAAGCCGGCGGGUGAAGAGAAGGUCGAGUCUGUGAGGAACGACUUCUACCAAACCGCCUCCUCCGUGAACGUCUCGCUCUACCUGAAGAAGAUCAACAAAGACACCGCCAAGGUCGAGUUCAAGGCCACGUCGAUCGAGCUGGACCUCCCUACGACGGAUAACAAGCGCUACACGGAUUCAUAUGAGUUGUUUGCGCCCAUUGAUCCCGAGCAGUCCAAGUUCCGCGUGCUGGGCACCAAGUUGGAGCUGACGCUGGUCAAGGCCGACGGGACGAGCUGGCCGGUGUUGCGUCGCGAUGAUAAGUGGUCGGGAGAGAGGAUCCAGAUUGGAAAUGCUGGACGGGUGUAGUAGCAGCUGCCUUUUAGAUAUAUACGUUUUAUAAUGGUGAUGGAGGGUUGGAGUAUAGUAUGAGAUAUGAAAUAAAAGUGAUGACCGCAUUGAG